CAAGCAGUGGUGUAGUGUAGUAGUGACAGCUUGAGGGUUGUCGAGAAAAAAAAGUGUAACCAGAUAUAGGUGGCUUCUGCUAAAUGGAUAUCCUGCAAUCCAACUGCUUAUUGAGCUUCUUGUAGUUUGCCUAGUCAUGCACAUACUAUAACUAGGUCUGGAGCUGUUCAAACCUGCUGCUUCAUAUCUGUGCGAGCGUGCCUUGCAGAGCUGAGGGAAGCGCGAGCCGAAGCAACGGUUGUCGGAGCGCGAUCAGACCAACAAGUGGUGUCGUUGGAAGCGGCUCUCGUGGCAUGACUACUACAAACAAGGGAAACAAAGCCUUGAAGGUGAAGAAGGAGCCAGGGGAGAAUGGGACCAGCCUCACGGACGACGAACUGGUGACCAUGUCUGUCCGGGAGCUCAACGCUCACCUCCGCGGCCUCACCAAGGACGAAAUCCUGCAGCUCAAGCAGCGGCGGCGCACCCUGAAGAACCGUGGCUACGCCGCCAGCUGCCGCGUCAAGCGGGUCACCCAGAAGGAGGAGCUAGAGAAGCAGAAGACGGCGCUGCAGCUGGAGGUGGACAAGCUGGCCACAGAGAACGCCACCAUGAAGGUGGAGCUGGACUCGCUGCGCUCCAAGUACGAGGCCCUGCAGAGCUUCGCCAGGACUGUGGCGCGCAGCCCGGCCGUAGCCUUAACCCCAGGGGGUCGGGGGGUCAUGGGGCCCCUGGUCCCUGGGAAGGUGGCCACGGCCACCAGCGUCAUCACCAUCAUCAAGUCCAAGACGGGAGCCAGGUCGUAGUAUCGGGGCUGGGCGGCGUGGAGAGUUAUCAGACUAAUGAAACAACGUGUACUAUAGUCAGUGUAUCAUCAUGGAGCACAGGAUUAGUUCCCUUGUCUGUCUUUUGGGCCAGAACACACAACACAACCCCCCCAGACCUUUGUACCAGCUAGUAACACCCCUUCAAUUGGCCAGCAGCAGAGGCCACACCAACCCUUAUCAGACAGCCUUUAGUAGUAUAAACCAUACUUCCAUUCUGCCUUGGCACCAACCCUUAUCAGACAGCCUUUAGUAGUAUAAACCAUACUUCCAUUCUGCCUUGGCACUGUACAAGCAGAAAUACAUACACCAGAGGAGGCUGGUGGAGGAGCUAUAGGAGGACGGGCUCAUUGUAAUGGCUGGAAGGGAAUAAAUAGAACGGUAUCAAACACAUGGAAAGCACAUGUUCCAUGAAUUCCAUUCCAGCCAUUACAAUGAGCCUCCGCUGGACUAUACACAUCCUUCCUCUAUGGUGUAUUUUCACAUACUGAUUCUAAAGGUUAAAGGUCACGUGAGUCCAGGAAGGUCGUACGACGCAGCCCAAUCCAUAAUUGAUGUCACUCCAUCUGGUGUUGGAAGUCGAGCUCUCGAUGGAGUUGUGUGUUUCUGUACAUGGUACUAAGUGUUUGAGUGUUUGUUUGUUUCCUACAGUUUCCUCUGAGUCUUUUCCAUCCCGACACAGGGUUUAGAUGUGGAAAUGCACUCUUUCAUAACGACUAGCCACCAACAGUCUAGCCACACCCGGUUGGCAUUAUGCUUCAAGUUCUUAGCCCUCUCUCUGUAUCACAAGUGGAGAAAGAGUGAUUGCAGUUAGCAACAAGCCUAGGCCUGUUAGAAUGCACUGACUAUGAGAAGAGGGAAAUGCACUGUAUGGUAUUGAUGUCUUGUGAGCAACCUUCAGUAAGGACUAGUAACUCACCCAUCAGACCAGUUCAUGUGAUUUUAGUUGGUAAAAAAAACUAAACAGGAAAUUCUGUUAAGUUGAGCAUUUAUUUAGGUUCAGGUCAGCCUGUCACAGAAUUUUACCAACAGGAGAUGCAAUAAUACACACAUGCACUGAAAAAUAGGAAGUUACAUAGUUUAAUGUAAGUGGAAUGAGUCAAUCUGAUCUGCAAAAUAAUACGGUAGCCUACUUGGUAUGGGAUGAUAAUUAUUAUUAUAAUAAUAGGUGUGAUGUUGGAGUUGACAAUGCCAUUCCAGGAUUACAAGAUUGUUUCUUUCUCCAGUAUCUGAGAAGCAGAAUGUUUUUACAAGAUCUUGUGAUGAUUAUGCUUUGGGAGGACAAUUUUUGAACCUCAAAACAUUUAAAACUCAAUUUGUGCUCCAUCGAGUAAAUAAGUUGGAACUGUUUUGUAAAUAAGUAGUUUUUUUGUGUGUAUGUAAUAACAUGUGAACUGGCUGGUCACAUAUUCCAAAAUAAUAUUCACACAACAAGCUUUACUGUUUAAUUGUCAACGUGUGUGUAUUCUAGAAGUCGUUGACUUAGAGUUCUUGAUUUGUAUUGAUGCAUAGACGAGCAUCUGGCGUUGUUUAUAGAAACACUGGAAAAGAAAACUUCAAACAAAAAAACCUGUGAUAUCCUUUUUGCAAUUGUACCAAAAGUGGCUUACUAUUGAAGGCUGGUAGCUUUUUCUAGUGACUAGGCGCGUACUGUGUGGGGUAGCGCGUGACGUGAUGUGUAUAAGUGACAGUUGGCAGUGUUGUUCACUGUAUAGAUGUCAUGCUGUGGUAUUUUCUAUAGGAAUCUGUAAUAGAGAUAAUAUAGCUGGUGUAAACAUCAUCUAUUGUCUUCAUCCAUAUUGGCAUCUGUGAUAUCUCUUCCAAUAGCUGUGAUUCACAAAUGUUUUUGUCAUUGUGACGUUAUUACUGUCGACCGAGCAGGCAUAGGGGUAAGAUAAGGCCCUUGGUUCAUUUUGAAUCCCAGUUAAGUGGCCCUCCUCCCCUCUCUUUGGUUUCAACUCCAGGGGGACAUCACCUCUGAUUUAGAUUAAACUGUUAUUGUCUUAUCCAUUUACCAAAGGGGACUACUUGCAAUUUGCGAAGGGAUAAUAGCCUCACAAUUUACUUUUUCAAAGACUAAGCAAAAUCAAAAUCUUUGACACUCUCUUACCGUAUAGCCAACCAUUGUAAAAGCUCUCCUUGAAUAAAUAACUUCUUCUCAUUCUAACUAUGAGAAGAGAGGCUCAGCAUGCAGCUUUAUACAGGUGACUAAUAACAGGUCAUCUCCUGACUGUCAGGUUGUGUUCAUGGUUUUUGUGAGGGUAAACAUGCACUAAUCUCCAGCUUGUUCUGCUCAGGAGAAAACAAGUUUGCCCUAAAAAUAAACCAUUGCAGCUCUGAGAAGAAGCUGUUAGGGAUGGCACUUGUUGUUGAUAGUCACUCAUUAACAAUUUUUCUAAAAUGACUUUUUGUUCAGGCACCAAAUGAAGAUCUGGAAGAUCAACCUGCUGCCAGUAAUGCUGCUUACGUGCCAAGUGUCACCCCUGUCUUCUGACCCUGUAAGAGGGAUUUAUCAGUAAGCAGUUUUACCUUUUAAAAGGUGAUAGUAUCUAUGUAAUGACAUGGGAUAUAUUCAGUAUUUUACAACUUCAUGUCGGAUGGUUCCUUGCCCUGAAUAUAUCUAUAUGAGCCUGGAGAAACUGUAUUCCAUGGUUUGAAUUUCUUUAAACAAUAAACCAAUAUAAACUUCACCUAACUUGAUCCUCUGCCAGCUAAAAACCAAUGGGUGUGAUGGGGGGGGGGGAUGUUCAAAAAGUGAUGCCAGAGCACCUUUAAGUAAUGUAAAAACCAAUGGGAGUGAUGGGGGGCAAAUGUUCAAAAAGUGAUGCCAGAACACCUUUAAGUAAUGUAAAAACCAAUCAUCACAGUUUCUCCUGGCCCAUAGACUUCUAUCAGGGUAAGGAUACCACGAGCAUUAAGUUGUGAAUUAAUGAACAUAUCCUUUUAAAACAGAGCAGCUGAGAGGAAAAGGUUAGGAAGCAGAGAUCUGAAUAUGUCCAAAUGAUCCAGGACCCAGACUGUUAGCCUAUAGCUAGAAUAGUCCAGGAAGGUGGAAGGAACCCACAGCACUUGAAGUUGUAUGGUAGGUAGAGCUGAACAGGAGGAACCCACAGCACUUGAAGUUGUAUGGUAGGUAGACCUGAACAGGAGGAACCCACAGCACUUGAAGUUGUAUGGUAGGUAGACCUGAACAGGAGAGAAUAGGUCUGCACUCCAGUGUGUAACAUGCUAUUCCCCACACCUCUGAGCUCACAUCAGAUCAGGGCAUCUGAAAUGGACACUUCCCUGCAUUACCAAAAGCAGUGCACUAUAUAUGGAAUAGGGUGCCAUCAGACACAGCCCUAGUAUAUAGUGUAUGUACGCUAAAACAUCCUCACUGUCUUCUGAACACACUUCGAUAUUUCCAUUGACUAGAAGAUAAUCCAUGGAUAUAUAUGACUCUUGACAUUCCCCAGUUUGGGUGUUGUCGUUCUUGUUGCUGUGGCAGUCUUGUGGAGUGAACCUUUAAUGUGUCUUCACAAUGUUAAAAAGGCAUCCUGACCUAUGACCUUUCUCGCAUAUGUACAGUGAGCACCAUAAUUCAUUGGACAGUGAAAUGUUUUUGUUUGUUAUUUUGGUUCUGUACUCUAGCACUUUGAGUUUGAAAGGAUACAAUGACAAUGAGGCUGAAGUGCAGACUGUCAGCUUUAAUUUGUGGGUAUUUUCAUACAUAUCGGAUGAACCGUUUAGAAAUUAUAGAAGCUUUUGUACAUAGUCGACCCCAUUUUCAGGCAUCAAAAAACAUUGGACAGUAUAACAUGAUGUAGAAUAAAGUAAUCAUUGUUAAUAUUUCAUCACAUAUCCUUUGCAUGCAAUGACUGCUUGAAGUCUGCGAUGCAUCGACAUCCCCAGACGCUGGGUAUCUUCCCUGGUGAUGCUCUGCCAGGCCUGUACUGCAGCCAUCUUCAGUUCCUGCUUGUUUCAGGGACUUAUUGCCUUCAGUCUCCUCUUCUGCAUGUUCAAUGUGAUUCAGAUCCGGUGAUUGACUCGGCCAGUCAAGGAUUCUCCACUUUUUGGCCAUAAAAAACCCUUCGUUGCUCCAGCAGUAUGUUUAGGGUCAUUGUCUUGUUGCGUGAUGAAGUGCCGUCCAAUGAGUUUGGAGGCAUUGGGUUUUAUCUGAGCAGAUAAAAUAUUUCUGUAGACUUCAGAAUUCAUUGUUCUAAUUCUGUCCGCAGUCACAUCGUCGAUGAAGCCUGUUCCACUGGCAGCCAUACAGGCCCAAGCCAUAACACCCCCUCCACCAUGUUUCACGGAUGAGGUGGUAUGCUUUGGAUCAUGGGCCUGUCUUUUUUUCUUCCCUUUCCUCUUUCCAUCACUCUGGUCCAUGUUCAUCUUUGUCUCAUCUGUCCACAAUACUUUUUUUCCAGAACUCUUGGGGUUCUUUUAGGUGCUCUUUAGCAAACUGUAAUCUGGCCUUUCUGUUCUUCAGGCUCAUCAGUGGUUUGCAUCUUGUAGUGUAUCCUCUGUAGUCCUGCUGGUGUAGUCUUCUACAUAUGGUAGACUUUGACACAUCUACACCUGCAUCCAGGAGAGUGUUUUUGAUCUGUUGGGCUGUUGUCUGGGGGGUGUUCUUCACCAUAGAGAGUAUUCUCCGGUCAUCCACUACACACUACAGUGGUCAUCCUCAGACAACCGGGUCUUUUGACAUAAUUUAGUUCACCGGUUAAUUUUUUUCUUGUUAAUGAUGAACCAAACGGUUGACUUGGGCAUGCCCAGGGUUUUUGCAAUGUUCCUGAUUGAUUGAUUUUCAUUUCUGAGCCUUAUGACGGCCAGCUUCAUUUGCAUGGACACUGCCCUCUUCCUCAUGUUGUCACACCCCAACAACAACCUCCAAAGGCAAUAGCAGUCUAGAAUCAAUACUAUUCAUCAACAGCUCUCCUGCAUUCACUAACGACACAAAUGAAUACACCUGCCUAACGACACAUCUGUGAAGCCAAUUCAACAAACACUUGUACUACCUUGAAAUGGGGGGACCAUGUACAAAAGGUGCUGUCAUUUCUAAACGGUUCAUCCGAUAUGUAUGAAAAUACCCUCAAAUUAAAGCUGACAGUCUGCACUUCACCCUCAUUGUGAUUGUAUCCUUUCAAACUCAAAGUGCUGGAGUACAGAACCAAAAUAACAAAACAACGGUCACUGUCCAAUGUGGUGCUCAUUGUACAUGUAUCUCUUCUGGAGAGGGAGUCACGCACACACACGCACGCACGCGCGCGCGCGCACACACACACACACACACACACACACACACACACACACACACACACACACACACACACACACACAGGUGUAUAGUAGGUAGCUACUGUAGGUAGUGUUGACCGUCGUGAAAAAGUGACCCUUAUACAUAUGCAAACUCAGUGGACAGGCGUGAGAGUAAAGCUAGAAGAGUAGUCUAUAUUGUUGUAAUAGUGACUGUGGUCUAAUGAUUUUUAUACCAACAGCUCUUGUGUUUUGGAUUGGAAUUCUUGUGGCGUUGUUCUUUUACCCCACACACACCAAACUGCAGUUGGCCCUUAGUUUAUGUUGGUUAAGGAGAAUGAAAACCAUGGGAACUGCUAGAGAGUACAACUGUUCAGAUAUAAAUACAUUGUGUAGAACAGAUAUGAUUACCUGUCAUGAUAGAAUUGGGAAUUGUGUCACAUCCAUUCGUUUAUAUUUUUAUCUGCAACGUUGUUGAGCGUUCCACCCUCACUGGACACGCCCCAGAUGUUCACUCACUGUGAUGCCUGUCUAAAGGGAUUCUAGUCUAGGGGAAGUAGCCCAAUGCCUGACUAACCCUUCUCUAACAGUAGACUUCCCCUGACCGAAACCCCUAAACCCGAAGACUAUGGAGUGAUAUUAGAACCAGCAGAAACUGAAUAUUUAUUCACAAAUUGAAUUUCUGUUGUCACAUAUAUCACUCCAUAGAUUAGAAGACUGGUAUUACCUGUUCUAAAGACUAAACCUACAGAUAUUAUACAGUCUAUAGAUGUGUGAUUAUACAAUCUGUAAAACAGGGCUGAAGUUAUGUCCUGAAGUAGAAGAAGUGACCAGGAACACAAUCCUGAGUAACAUAAGGGCCACUUGCAAUUUCUGUUGUCAUUUGUGGUUUGAUUAGUUUGGUUCCUACCAUGCUGCUAAUUCAAUCAUUACUGCUCAUUGUCUCCUGAAACUCUAUUUGUUUGUCUUUGUUCGUUGAAUGUGUAUCUGAUAUUGAUCUUAAAAACACUGGAAUUAAUUUGUUCUGCAGCUGAUCUUGUUUUUACUUAGUUAUGGCGGUUUGUUUAAUAGCGAGUUGUAUUGGAGAGGAUGAAUAACUAAUCAGCAAUUGUGUGACGAUUUGCUAGCUCUAGUAGAGAUAUGUAGGCUUUUUUGAAUCAAAUUAUGCUUGGUGAACAUUUGACUGUGCAGGUAUUUCUCACUCGAGUAUAGGUCUAUGUUUCAAAGGUAUUAAGUCUGAAAAUAAAGCUGUUGGAAGUGUCUGAAUGGUAUAUCAAGUUAUUAUUAAACAGUUUCUGUUAUUUUUCUGUAUGGGUUGUAAUAAGAUAUUGCAGUACUUUGUAUGGAAAACAGAGAAUAGUUCAUUGUAACUUUGUAAAUUAUUGUACUUUUUUGCAAUCUGUAGAUAAGUAAUAUGAUGUAUUCAUAUAUAAUGACUGUGGUUUUAACCGUGGUUCUCUGAAAUGUCUAAGUUAUUGAUGUGUGUGUGUGUAUAUAUAGUAUGUUUGUUGAUACAGCUUACUUUAUUUUCUAUAUGACCAAUAAAAAGGUUUUGAAAAGGA